AUGUACGCUACAAUUUUCGUAUUAGCUUUUGUGGUUUGUGUAGUUCAAAGUAAGCCGCUAGAUAUUCCAAUUGAUUCAAUUGAAGACAACCCCGUGCACGAACUAACUAAAAGGUUUAUAAUAAUAAACCCGUCGUUAUCAAUUGGCGCAUUUUCAAAUAAUGAACUUACCAAAAUUAGAUCUAAGAGGAGUCCAGAAGAAGAGUGUCAAAAGUUACGUCUGUGCAGACUACACGCCAGGUCCAACACGAACUUCUUCGCAGCUUUCGAACUUUACUUCGUGAACAAAGAAAACGCUCAUCUAUGGGACCAUCGCGCGCGCUCUCUGGCUGAAUGCAAUGAAAGAUACAGCUGCUACAGA